AAAUAUUUUCAAAUGUGUACUUUCUAGCCAUCGAAACAAAUGCGCCAGCGUUAUUGCUGCUGAAAGAGGAAAUGGUAUAUGUGGUGAUGGUAUUGCAUACGAGGCAAAAGUCGUUCCCUUAAAAGUAUUCAAGGUGAAGGAAAGGAAACACCACUUCAGCAUUUCUGUUUCAUCAGACAUCUUUGCCGCUGGACUUGCGCAUGCGCCACAACAAAUCCAUAUCUAUUCAAAUAGCUGGUCCCUAAUAGACAAGUUUGAGCCACUCGACUUGUCAAUGCGUGAAGCUAUUCUUGAAGGGGUAUCAAAUGGUCGUGACAAGCUAGGAUCAAUAUACGUUGUUCCGGAUGGUUCAGAAUAUAUUUCUGGUAGUGGGCUGGCAAGUAGUAUAAAUACGAUUACUGUAAAUUAUGUCGGUUUCAAUGGGCGACUGCCAAGACGUCCACAAAUAAGUGCUAGCGUUCUAACUUCAGGCCUUGGGGAAGGGAAUAGGCUUGAUACAUCUUCUAUUGUAAGUUGCGAUUGCACCAUCUGUAUCAUCAAUCUGAAAUACAAUUUGUAUGCAAGUAAGACACUUACACCCCUUGACAUCUCGACCCGGUAUUACAUCAAGAUGACUGCUAGACCAAUUGACUCUUAGAACCCUUUUAAAAUGGCUUUUCGACCCUAAUUGGGUAAGACAUUUCAACCCCUAUUUCAUUUGUUUUUUUUUUAUUAAAAAAAUAUUAAAAAGAUUAAGCAGCAAGUUAACAAUGUUUUUAAUUAAUUUAAUGUUUUGUUACAUAACACUCGGUUAUAUUAUAUUUGUGGGUUUUCUUCGUUUUAGAAAGCACUUAAUGCACUUAACAGUACCGU